AUGGCUUCCUCCAAGCCAUCAGCCUCAUGGCUUUCCUCCGCACUCGCCGUCUACGCAAUCCUAUGCCUUUCUCUCCCAGCCAACGGUCUCUAUUUCUACGUCGAUGGCCGUCAAACAAGAUGCUUCUAUGAGGAGCUUCCCAAGGAUACUCUCGUAGUUGGAACCUACUCCAGCGAAGUCGUCGACCAAGCCAGCGGCACAUAUGCCGUCGACCCAUCCUUGAAGAUGCUCAUCACCGUUGACGAAGUCUUCGACAACGACCACCGCGUUGUCAACAAGCGCGAUUCUCACUCCGGCCGCUUCACCUUCUCCGCCGCCGACCCGGGCAGCCACAAGAUCUGCAUCACCCCCGAAACGAACGCUGCAACGGGCGGCUGGCUCUCUGGUUCGCCUGCGGGCGCCGUCAGGGUGACGCUGGACAUGGCCAUUGGAGAGACGAGUAAGAUCGAGAGCGAGGACAAGGGGAAAAUGACGGACUUGGUGCAGCGUGUUAAGGAUUUAAAUGGCCGCUUACAGGACAUUAGGAGGGAGCAGGUAUUCCAAAGAGAACGUGAAGCCGAAUUCCGUGAUCAGUCCGAAGCAACCAACUCGCGCGUCGUCCGCUGGACUCUGAUGCAGCUCGCUGUUCUAUCUCUCGCUUGUGCCUGGCAGCUGUCUCACCUCAGGUCAUUCUUCAUCAAGCAGAAGCUGACCUAG